AUGUUUGUGUUGACCUUAAAGGGUGUGCCGGGCGCUCAACUUGUGGAGGACAAACUGUGCCUGCUCAAUUACAAUCUUAAUAGUAGUUAUUGUUUAUGGUUACCAGUAAUGAACGAAACUCAGGACAUUCUGGGCAAGAAGUCGGCCAUAUUGGCCGAGUCAACCAAUUACCUGUUGUACGCAACACUAAUACUCACCAUACCAUCCAUACUAACCUCGGUGUUUAUCGGCGCCUGGACUGACCGCUAUCAACCGGCCAAAAAAAUGCUACUUAUCGUCGGUGGUUUAUCCGGUGUGCUCGAGGCACUUAUUAAUAUAAUCACUGUCAUAUUUUAUGAUAUAUCCCCGUUAUAUAACCUGAUAUCGCCGAUAUCUAUGUGCUUCUCCGGCGGAAUGUUAGGCCUAUUGACCGCGUUUUGGUCGUAUAUAGCGUUAACAACACCCCGAAAAUAUAUGGCCUUACGAAUGACCUUCGCCGAAGUGAUGAUGUCAUUAGCUCAACCGUUUGGUACUUACGUUGGCGGAGCUGUACUUAAUAUGAGUCCCCUGUGGGCCAACUCGGGUCAGUUGCAUAACUACAUGGGUGUGUAUUUAAUAUGCGGUGUCGCAUACUUAUUGGCCACCAUUUGGACAUUGUUUAUGAUCGAUGAGCGCAAAGACAUGGAAGCGUUUCAAAGAGACUUUGGAUCAACUAAUGGUGAGGAGGAAGACAUGUCUUUGCGGGAAGAGAUGCUAAACAAACAGAAACAAUACGACGACAACCGACACAUACAUCCCAUACGACUGCUGUUUGAUUGCCGUAACGUUAAGGACAUGUUUAUCACGUGUUGGAAACGGCGUACAAAUUAUGUACGCUUGCAGUUAUGGCUACUGUUUUUAUCGAUGGCCAUAUAUAUCAUGGCAUAUAUGGGUCCCAUUACUAUCCUGUUUGCCUUUGUCCAGAAGGUGUACAAAUGGAAUUCAGCAACUUUUAGCAAUAUAUCAGCUAUUGGUAGUUUAAUCUCGGUCGCCGCCAUCUUUGUUAUAUCGCCCAUUCUUAUCAAGGUGCUGGGCUUCAAAGACACGACACUAUCGAUGGUGGGUUUGGUAUCGUUUUGCGGCCAGUAUGUGCUCCGGGGUGUCAUUUUAAACCCCAACGGUUUCUAUCUGUCCAUUCCGGUGGGAAUGUUGGGUGCGAUCGGCUCUAUCGGCAUUCGGUCCCACUUUUCCAAGAUUGUUGAGCCGAGAGAGUUGGGCAAAGUGUCCAGUCUUAUGGCCGCCAUUGAUUCAGUCAUACCACUCGUGGGCUCCAGUUUUUACAGCUCAGUGUUUAACGCCACUAUGGAUACUAACCCCGGGCUAUCAUUUAUUAUUACCGGUUGUAUACUAGCCUUGGUCAUUCGCUGUGACCGUCAACUCCCGGCGUCAGUAGAGUGCGUUAGAGCGGGCGCUACCUGUAUCUCACCUCUGAUGCGCUGUCAUCCCUGCGCUGAGCCUUAG